AACACACAAUUCAAGUGAUGACAAAACAAAAGUUUGUAUUUUUAUGGAUUCAAACCAAUCUUGUCAUUAAUAUUUUUAAGAUGUAUUAUAAGAUGCUUAGAUCUAAUGUAAACGGGUCAUAAUUCAUCUCUAAUAUCUAUUUAUGUUGUUGUGAAAACAUCUUCAAACACUACAUUUUACAAGAUUACAUGUGAACACAUCAUGAUAACGUCAUCAUUUACCUUCACCUAAUAUUCAUUUUCACUGAAGAGAGGCUGAACGCAUCACAAUGUAACUGAAUGGAACCUCGGUCUGUUGGCUGUUAGCGGUGCUGACCCCGUCCUGUCAAUUUAAACCUUCUUACAUAGUCUAUGAUUUAAACACUGAUAAUGUUACAUUGUGAAUGGCGAUUCUAAAAACAUAAAUGAUGUCCUGAUCUCAUAUUUUACUGACUUUUGGUGGAUAAAGAUGGUCAGUAAAGCUGUAAUGGAUAACGUUAACUGUGUAAUUAAUCCGUUCACAUGUGUGCUGAACCGUGAGAAGGGAUCCGUAUGGAUCACAGAUCGACAAUUACACUGUUACACCACUGCUAUUGAUUAUUUUCAUUAUCAAUUCAUUUGUUGAUUAUUUUCUCCCAUUUUUGUGAAGCCAAAGAGAAUGCCAACGGAUUGGUCGGGUUGUCCGAUAAGCUGCAGGAAGCGGUGGAUAGACCGGAUCACAUGCUCUACUGAUGAGCGGGAGAGUGGCUGUGAAAGUAGAAUGUGUUGUUCUGGCAUAUUAAGAUAAGAGGUUAUUGUAAUAUUCCUCUGCGCUCUACAACAGAGCAAGGACUGACUGGAGGACAGGAGAUAGAGUAUCUGGCUGCUGACAGGACAGGAUGACAGUUGACUGCCAUCACUUUGCAGUGUUAGUCUGGACCGGACUGACAGAAAGUGAAGUCAGCUAAGAAAGGUCUAGUGUGGCUGAUGUAGCUGCUAGGAGCCAAUGUUUGCUGCUUGAACAGCUAGAACAGCACAGGUACACUCACUAAUGUUAGUCAGCAUGCAGUGCACUCACUGAGGUCCUGCAGAGGUCUGGUACCGGGUCUAGAAACACGAGCAGUGAGACACGAAGAAGUGUGAAAAUGAGAGUGAUGCUUCAGGGUGUCUGUGAACCGGCAUGUAGAACACCAGGACACCUCAAUGGAAUGCUCCAUCAUUGACCUUCUCAGGGCCACCUGCCUGUGUUUGUUCAGUCAUUUAGUGUUCAAAAGGAGUAAUCAGUUGUUUGGUCACAUUAAGGAAAGUGUGGUUUCAAGGUGUGGUGAUGUGUGUCACAUUAAUUGGAUGCUCAUUUCAUCCAAACAACAGAGUUUUCUUCUUGUAACUGUGAAACAGAGUGUGUCGACCUCCGGGUCCUGACCCCCUGUGACCUCAGUAUGCAUACAGUGUUAACCACGAUGAAGCUAAAUAAGCAUCACACACACACACACGUGAAUUUUGGCUCGUAUAUGGUUUCACGUGUCAGCGUCAGCCUCAGAGGUGCAGAAUCGGUGGACCUGUAGCGUAAAAACCUAGAAGUAAUGAGGCAUAUUUGGAAGUAUACUUCAUUUGUUUGUUUGUUUAAUCAAACUUCUAUGGUUAACUUACUACUGUUACACAGCUGAUAAUAUUUAGUAAUGCAGCCUUACUAACCAGGAAAAGAGAACACUGAUGCCAUAUUACAACAUCCUCAAUCUCAGAAGACAUCAAGUCUCGUACCACCAUGUGCAUACCAUAUCAAUAUAUGCCCUGUUUCUAGUGUUUCCCUGCCACGCUGAGUGUGAUUGGCUGCUGUGGACUCUUCCUCAUUGCUCAGUAAUUACUGUUGUGUUUCAGCACUUCCUCUUUCAGUCAGGGUGGGGUGGGAAGCCUUCGCAGUACAUUUUCUCUCUCCUGACUUCAGACUAUUCAAACUGGAAGAGUGGAAGGGUGAAGUGGUUUUGGCUUUUUGGUCCUAAAUGUUUUUUAAUAAUAAACAUAGCGACCUGAAUGAGCUUUGGAUGAGUCGCUCUUAUCUCUCCUUAAGCCAAACUAACGGUCCUUCCAUUCACUGCAGACAGGAUACUGUGCUCCCAGCUGAGUCAUAGCUGGGAGCACACAGACAGCUCAAAUGCCCUUUUAUGGCAUCGAAGGGCUUUUUAAAACAGGAAAUGACAUCAGUUCAUCGAGAGGGGAUCUCACAAGAGCCCUGUCAUACCAGAGUGAAGGAAGGUCUCAGUUUGUUGUUUGGUGGAUGACCACUAAACAAAGCUAGAAGCAGAGCUGGGCAGCAGUGAGUUGCUCCUGUUACAGCCACAGGCCUGAGCAGCAGGCAUACAUGUUGCAGCAGAGAAAUCCAGAGUCAGCCUGUCACAUAUUUGUGAGAAGUGACGUCAGGUAUUGUGGACUUGUAACACAGCAAAGAGUGCUUUCUGCAGAAAAGAAUGGCAAUUGGACAAUUUGGGAGGAUUUUUCAACUUUUUCACGAUGAGUGACCUUUUUUUCUGAACUUUAUUGAAUUUCUAAACAGCUAGAGACAAAACGCCACAGUUCAUUGUCUGACGGGGCAGGAGGGCUGUCACUAAAACACCGUUUACAUCAGCUGUGAGUCGGGCGCAGGAGCAGAGCAGCAACCAUGGUGGCCCUGUCCCUAAAGAUCGGUGUGGGGAACGUGGUGAAGACCAUGCAGUUUGAGCCCUCCACCAUGGUGUACGACGCCUGCCGUAUCAUCAGGGAGAGAGUUCCUGAGGCACAGCUCGGACAACCCAAUGACUAUGGGCUGUUUCUGUCUGAUGAAGACCCAAAGAAAGGCAUCUGGCUGGAGGCAGGAAAGGCCCUGGACUACUACAUGUUGAGGAAUGGGGACACUCUGGAGUAUAAGAAGAAGCAGAGGCCUCUGAAGAUCCGCAUGCUGGACGGCACGGUGAAGACCGUCAUGGUGGACGACUCCAAGAUCGUCAGUGACAUGCUCAUGACCAUCUGUGCUAGAAUAGGCAUUACAAACUAUGACGAGUACUCGCUGGUGAGAGACAUUGGCGAGGAGAAGAAGGAGGAGACCAUGGGCACCCUGAAAAGAGACAAGACUCUGCUGAGAGACGACAAGAAGAUGGAGAAGCUGAAGCAGAAGCUCCACACAGAUGAUGAGUUGAACUGGUUGGACCACGGCAGGACGUUGAGGGAACAGGGUGUAGAGGAGACAGAGAUGUUGCUGCUGAGGAGGAAGUUCUUCUACUCGGACCAGAACGUGGACUCCAGAGACCCCGUCCAGCUCAACCUGCUCUACGUACAGGCCCGUGAUGACAUUCUGAAUGGAUCUCAUCCAGUCUCCUUUGAUAAGGCCUGUGAGUUUGCUGGCUAUCAGUGUCAGAUUCAGUUCGGUGACCACAACGAGACCAAACACAAGCCUGGAUUCUUAGAUUUAAAGGAGUUCCUGCCCAAAGAGUACAUCAAGCACAAAGGGGAGAAAAAGAUCUUCCAGGCACACAAAAACUGUCAGAACAUGACCGAGAUCGAGGCCAAAGUCAGCUACGUGAAGCUGGCCAGGUCUCUAAAAACCUACGGAGUGUCAUUCUUUCUGGUCAAGGAGAAAAUGAAGGGCAAGAACAAACUGGUGCCUCGUCUGCUGGGUAUCACCAAGGAGUGCGUGAUGAGGGUGGACGAGAAGACCAAGGAGGUGAUCCAGGAGUGGAACCUGACCAACAUCAAACGCUGGGCCGCCUCUCCCAAGAGCUUCACCCUGGACUUUGGAGACUACCAGGAUGGUUACUACUCUGUGCAGACCACUGAGGGAGAGCAGAUAGCUCAGCUUAUUGCCGGUUACAUCGACAUCAUCCUUAAAAAGAAAAAGAGCAAAGACCACUUUGGCCUGGAGGGAGAUGAAGAAUCCACCAUGCUGGAAGACUCUGUGUCACCUAAAAAGUCCACAGUGCUGCAGCAGCAGUUCAACAAGGUGGGCAAGGUGGAGACAGGCUCAGUGGCCCUGCCAGCCAUCAUGCGCUCAGGAGCUGGAGGUCCAGAGAGCUUCCAGAUGGGCUCCAUGCCUCAGGCCAAGCAGCACAUCACCAGUGGACAGAUGCACCGAGGACACAUGCCUCCAUUGACUUCAGCACAGCAGGCCCUGACUGGAACCAUCAACUGCAGUAUGCAGGCUGUGCAGGCUGCCCAGGCCUCUCUGGAUGACUUUGAUACCCUGCCUCCACUGGGAACAGAUGCUGCAUCCCAAGCCUGGCGCAAAAACAAGAUGGAUGAGUCCAAACAUGAGAUCCACUCCCAGGUGGAUGCCAUCACAGCAGGCACCGCCUCCAUGGUCAACCUCACUGCAGGUGACCCAGCAGAGACGGACUACACAGCGGUGGGCUGUGCUGUGACCACAAUCUCCUCCAACCUGACAGAAAUGUCAAAGGGAGUGAAACUGCUGGCGGCACUCAUGGAGGACGAAGGAGCAAAUGGGCAGCAGCUGUUGGGUGCCGCCAAGAACCUGGCCUGUGCCGUCUCCGACAUGCUGAAGACCGCCCAGCCUGCGAACACAGAGCCUCGUCAGAUCCUGCUGCAGGCUGCAGGAAACGUUGGCACGGCCAGCGGAGAGCUGCUUUCUCACAUAGGAGAGACGGACACGGAUCCACAGUUCCAGUUUCUAGGUAAAGGAUCUUUCAGGGCUGCCAGAUGGAGAGUCUCCUCUCAUUGUCAAAUGCUGGACAUGCUGAUGCAUCUGGCUAAGGCUGUGGCUAAUGCCGCAGCGGCUCUGGUGCUUAAAGCUAAGAACGUGGCUCAGAGGACGGAGGACUCGACCCAGCAGAACCGGGUCAUAGCUGCAGCCACUCAGUGUGCUCUGUCCACAUCUCAGCUGGUGGCCUGCACCAGGGUGGUGGCACCAACCAUCAGCUCUCCAGUGUGCCAGGAGCAGCUGAUUGAGGCUGGAAAGCUGGUGGCCAAGUCAGUAGAGGGCUGUGUAGAUGCGUCACAGGGGGCCACCAAUGACGAGGGCCUCCUGAAACAGGUGGGCGUGGCCGCCACGGGUGUCACUCAGGCCCUCAAUGAGCUGCUCCAACACAUCAAACAGUAUGCCAGCGGAGGCCAUCCUAUCGGACGCCACGGAGAAGCCACCGACAGGAUUCUGGAUGUCACCGAGAACAUCUUCAGCUCGAUGGGAGACGCUGGUGAGAUGGUCCGUCAGGCUCGUAUCCUUGCCCAGGCCACGUCUGAUCUGGUCAACGCCAUCAAGAUGGACGCAGAGGGAGAGACAGACCUGGAGAACUCACGCAAGCUGCUGUCAGCUGCCAAGCUGCUGGCUGAUGCCACCGCUAAGAUGGUGGAGGCCGCUAAGGGGGCAGCGGCAAACCCCGACAGUGAGGAGCAGCAGCAGAAAUUGCGAGAGGCUGCUGAAGGUCUCCGCAUGGCCACCAACGCUGCCGCUCAGAACGCCAUCAAGAAACGUCUGGUCAACAAGCUCGAGAAUGCAGCCAAACAAGCCGCAGCAGCUGCCACUCAGACCAUAGCUGCUGCCCAGCACGCCGCCUCCUCCAACAGGAACCAGGCCGCCCAGCAGCAGCUCGUCCAGAGCUGCAAGGUGGUGGCAGAGCAGAUCCCUCAGCUGGUUCAGGGAGUCCGAGGCAGCCAGUCUCAGCCCGACAGCCCCAGCGCUCAGCUGGCCCUCAUCAGUGCCAGCCAGAACUUCCUGCAGCCCGGUGCUAAGAUGGUUACAGCCUCCAAGGCCACAGUUCCCACCAUCGGUGACCAGGCCUCCGCUAUGCAGCUCGGCCAAUGUGCAAAGAACCUGGCCAGUGCCCUGGCUGAGCUCCGUGCCACCUCACAGAAGGCUCAGGAAGCAUGCGGUCCAUUGGAGAUAGACAACGCUCUGUCCAUGGUGAGGGAUCUGGAGAAGAACAUCCAGGAAGCCAAGGCUUCAGCUGAGCAGGGCAAACUCAAACCACUGCCAGGAGAGACGCUUGAGAAAUGUUCCCAGGAUCUGGGUACCAGCACCAAGGCUGUGAGCUCAGCCAUGGCUCAGCUGCUGAGUGAGGCCACCCAGGGCAACGAGAACUACACAGGCAUGGCAGCCAGAGACGUGGCACAGGCUCUGAAGUCCUUGGCCUCAGCCGCCAGAGGAGUCGCUGCCACCACAGACGACCCACCAGCGCGCAACGCCAUGCUAGACUGUGCCGGUGCCGUCAUGGAUAAGUCGGGCAACCUGAUCGAAGAGACCAAGAGGGCCAUCGCCAAGCCAGGAGAUGCAGAGAAUCAGCAGCGGCUGGCCCAGGUGGCUAAGGCAGUGUCUCAGGCCUUGAACAGAUGUGUGAACUGCCUUCCUGGCCAGAGAGAUGUGGACAACGCCAUCCGCACUGUGGGCGAAGCCAGCAAGACUCUGCUGUCUGAUUCUUUCCCGUCCAGUGGAAGGAGCUUCCAGGAGGUUCAGGCUCAGCUCAACGACGUGGCGGCUGGUCUGAACCAGUCCGCCAACGAGGUGGUCCAGGCGUCCAGAGGGACCACCCAGGACCUUGCCAGGGCCACCAGCAAGUUUGGACAGGACUUCAGCAACUUCCUGGAGGCUGGUGUUGACAUGGCCGGAACAUCCCAGUCUAAAGAUGACCAGACACAGGUGGUGUCCAACCUGAAGACAAUCUCCAUGUCAUCCAGCAAGCUGCUGCUGGCAGCCAAAGCCCUGUCCACUGACCCCAGCUCCCCCAACCUCAAGAACCAGCUAGCAGCCGCCGCCCGGGCCGUUACAGACAGCAUCAACCAGCUCAUCACCAUGUGCACCCGGCAGGCUCCUGGUCAGAAGGAGUGUGACAAUGCUCUCAGAGAGCUGGAGUCGGUGAGGGGGAUGCUGGAGAACCCGACAGAAGCCGUCAACGAACUGUCGUACUUCGACUGCAUCGACAGCGUCAUGGAGAACUCAAAGGUCCUGGGUGAGUCCAUGGCUGGCAUUUCCCACAAUGCCAAGAACUCCAACCUGCCAGAGUUUGGUGAUUCAGUCAGUGCUGGCUCCAAAGCUUUGUGUGGUCUGACUGAAGCAGCUGCACAGGCUUCCUAUCUGGUUGGAGUAUCGGACCCCAACAGUUCAGCAGGUCAGAGGGGCCUGGUGGACCCCGCUCAGUUUGCCCGGGCUAAUCAGUCUAUUCAGAUGGCCUGCCAGAACCUGGUGGACCCGGCCUGCACCCAAUCCCAGGUGCUCUCUGCAGCCACCAUUGUGGCCAAACACACCUCCGCUCUGUGUAACGCCUGCCGCCUGGCCUCCUCCAAAACUCCCAACCCUGUUGCCAAGAGGCAGUUUGUCCAGUCGGCCAAAGAGGUGGCCAACACCACUGCCAACCUCGUCAAGUCCAUAAAGGCUUUGGAUGGAGCCUUUAACCAGGACAACAGAGAGAAGUGUAAGGCUGCCACUGGUCCUCUGAUAGAAGCUGUUGACAACCUGACUGCCUUCGCCUCCAACCCAGAGUUCGCCAGCAUUCCUGCUCAGAUCAGCCUUGAGGGUCAUGCAGCCAUGGAGCCCAUCGUGGCAGCAGCAAAGAUGAUGCUGGAGAGCUCGACCGGGUUGAUCCAGACUGCCCGCUCUCUGGCUGUCAACCCCAAAGAUCCCCCCAAGUGGUCAGUGCUGGCCGGACACUCCAGGACUGUGUCUGACUCCAUCAAGAAACUCAUCACCAACAUGAGGGAAAAGGCUCCUGGCCAAAGAGAAUGUGAUGAUGCCAUUGAGGUGAUGAACGGCUGCAUCCGUGAGGUUGAUCAGGCCUCUCUGGCUGCCAUAAGCCAGCAGCUAACACCCCGAGAGGACAUCUCCAUGGAGAAUCUCCAUCAGCAGAUGGCUGCCUCUGUCCAUGAGAUCAGUAACUUGAUUGAUCCUGUAGCUGUGGCUGCUCGCUCCGAGGCCUCCCAGCUGGGACACAAGGUAUCUCAGAUGGCCAGCUACUUUGAGCCAUUGAUCAUGGCAGCCAUAGGCACAGCGUCUAAGAUCGUCAGCAGCCAACAGCAGAUGGCUGUCUUGGACCAGACCAAAACCCUGACCGAGUCGGCCCUGCAGAUGCUUUACACUGCCAAGGAGGCUGGAGGAAACCCCAAGGCAGCACACAUGCAGGAGGCCCUGGAGGAGUCAGUGCAGAUGAUGAAGGAAGCAGUAGAUGACUUGGGUGCCACUCUGGCUGAGGCAGCCAGUGCAGCAGGUGCUGUGGGUGGCAUGGUGGACUCCAUCAAUGGUGCAAUCAAUAAAAUGGAAGACACGCCUGCUCUUGAGCCCGAAGGCACCUUCGUGGACUACCAGACUACCAUGGUCAAGACAGCCAAGGCCAUAGCUGUCACUGUGCAGGAGAUGGUGACCAAGUCUAACACCAACCCUGAUGACCUUGGGGGAUUGGCCAACCAGCUUACCAAUGAGUUUGGAAAUCUUGCAAAUGAGGCCAAAUAUGCAGCCGUGACUGCAGAGAAUGAUGAAAUUGGUUCUCACAUUAAGAAGCAGGUGGGUGAGCUGGGUUUCAGCUGCACAGGUCUGGUGACCAAAGCUGGAGCUCUGCAGUGCAGCCCCAAUGACUCGUUCACCAAGAAAGAGCUGAUUGAAAGCGCCCGCAAAGUCUCAGAGAAGGUCUCCCAUGUGUUGGCGUCCCUGCAGGCAGGUAACCGUGGCACCCAGGCCUGCAUCACAGCAGCCAGCGCUGUGUCUGGAAUCAUUGCAGACCUCGACACCACCAUCAUGUUUGCCACUGCUGGGUCUCUGAACAGAGAGAACGCAGAGACCUUCGCUGACCACAGAGAAUACAUCCUGAAGACAGCCAAGGCUCUGGUGGAGGACACCAAGCUGCUGGUGUCUGGUGCUGGAGCCAGUCAGGAGAAACUGGCUCAGGCUGCCCAGUCCUCCGUGUGCACCAUCACCAAACUGGCUGAUGUGGUCAAACUUGGAGCUGCCAGCCUGGGUUCUGAAGACCCAGAAACUCAGGUGGUCCUGAUCAAUGCAGUGAAAGAUGUGGCCAAAGCUCUGGGCAACCUCAUCAGCGCCACCAAGGCGGCUGCGGGCAAGCCUCAUGACGACCCCAGCAUGCUGCAGCUGAAGAGCUCCGCUAAGGUGAUGGUGACCAAUGUGACGUCCCUCCUGAAGACGGUGAAGGCAGUAGAGGAUGAAGCCACAAAGGGGACCAGAGCUCUGGAGGCCACAAUUGAACACAUCAAACAGGAGCUGGCUGUGUUCAACAGCUCUGACCCACCACCAAAGACGACCACGCCAGAGGAGUUCAUUCGCAUGACUAAAGGCAUCACCAUGGCAACAGCAAAGGCAGUGGCUGCUGGGAAUUCUUGUCGUCAGGAAGACAUCAUCGCCACGGCCAACCUCAGCAGAAAGGCCAUCGCUGAGAUGCUGCACUCCUGCAAGCAAGCUGCCUACCACCCAGAGGUCAGCAAGGAGGUCCAGAUGAGAGCCCUGCACUUCGGCAAUGAAUGUGCUUGUGGGUACCUGGGAUUGCUGGAGCAUGUGCUGGUGAUCAUCCAGAAGCCCUCUCAUGAUCUGAAGCAACAGUUGGCCAACUACUCCAAGCGCGUGGCAGGCUCUGUCACCGAGCUCAUCCAGGCUGCCGAGGCCAUGAAAGGCACAGAGUGGGUGGACCCCGAGGAUCCCACUGUCAUCGCAGAGAACGAGCUGUUAGGAGCAGCGGCAGCUAUUGAAGCAGCUGCCAAGAAACUGGAGCAGCUGAGGCCCAGGACCAAACCCAAGGAGGCAGAUGAGAGCUUGAACUUUGAGGAGCAGAUUCUGGAGGCAGCCAAGUCCAUUGCAGCUGCCACUAGUGCUCUGGUUAAAGCUGCCUCUGCAGCACAGAGGGAGCUAGUGGCUCAAGGGAAGGUGGGAGCGAUCCCAGCCAAUGCGGCGGAUGACGGACAGUGGUCUCAGGGGCUGAUUUCAGCUGCUCGAAUGGUUGCAGCAGCAACCAACAACCUGUGUGAGGCAGCCAACUCUGCGGUGCAGGGGCACGCCAGCGAGGAGAAGCUCAUCUCGUCAGCCAAGCAGGUGGCAGCCUCCACAGCUCAGCUGCUGGUGGCCUGCAAGGUCAAGGCUGACCAGGACUCCCAGACCAUGAAGAGGCUUCAGGCUGCUGGGAACGCUGUGAAGAGAGCCGCUGAUAACCUGGUGAAGGCGGCGCAGAAAGCAGCGUUUGAUGCUCAGGAUGACCAGGCUGUGGUGGUCAAGAGUAAGAUGGUGGGAGGCAUCGCUCAGAUCAUCGCUGCUCAGGAGGAGAUGCUGCGGAAGGAAAGGGAGCUGGACGAGGCCAGGAAGAGGCUGGCCACGAUCCGACAGCAGCAGUACAAGUUCCUCCCCUCGGAGCUGCGUGAGGACGGCCAGGAGCAGUGAGGGAGCGCGUGUGCAUCAGCAAUGCAACAGUGAUCCGUGGAAUGCUCAGGACCUUCCCCCAGCGAAAUGUAGGGAGAGGAGGCUUCAUGCUAUAUUAGGCAGGCUCUCAAUCUGUUCCUGUAUUUAAUUUUUAAAGUCAAAUGAUGCCAAUGAUUAUGAAUUUUGAUAAUACAGAAAUCCUUAUUAAGGUAUCUGUGCUUUUGAUUAUAUAUGAUCAAAUACUUUUCACUAUAUCUGUCUCUUUUUUAUCUGGAUUACAUGUCUUUGUUGUGUACGUUAUGUGGCUUCAUAAAAUUGCUAAAUCCUGCCAAUAAAUUUGGCUUGCCCUUCACUGUUAGAACGUUACUGUUAGAUUGUAGAGGUGUGAAGGUGAGCACAAUUAAGAUUUCUAUGCAAACUAUGCAUAAUCUAUGCAAACGUUCUAUGCAGGUGUGUGUGUGUGUGUGUGUGUGUGUGUGUGUGUGUGUGUGUGUGAAUGUGCGUGCGUGCGUGUGUUUGGUCGUGUGUGUAAGCGAGAAUGCAUGUUUCCAGAGACACGGUUUCUGAGUUCAUUGCGAAGCAGAGGUCUGUGACAGUGAUGAUAUUCAGUAUGUUACUUGUCACACUGUUAAAAGCUGAAACAAGGACUAUGAUAGGACAUGCAGUUUUAAAGAUUACAUUUUGAAAAAAAAUACUUUGCAAUGGAACAAAUCAGAAUGGGAACACAUUAUUUUUCUAAAGAUUAAGCUAUGAAAUGUAUUAAAAAGUCGCUAUGUUAGUAAAAGUGUGUCAGUAUUUGGAUGUAAGCAACUACAGUGUUGAUACAUGUUUGUGUAAAGAGUAUGAAGCCAUAUAUUUAACUUCCAGACAUUUGACAUCAUAUUGACUAUUUGUUUAGUGACUUGCUCCAGUAAUGUGUCAUCUGUGCCGGUAUUUGUGCUUAAUACUUUCUAGAGGAUUCCUGUCCCAGCACAGUCCCAUGAUGCUCGUCUGUGUCCUGUUAGAUAUGACUCCCACUUUAUUUCUCAUUGCCGAGGGCCUAAUGAUUGCUCUGUCUGGUCCCACUAUAUUCAGUGCCUUCAUAGAAUUUAUCUAGUAUUAAAAACUGCUGCCAACCAUUUACCCUCGAGACGCACUUCAUUCAUUACUCAGUUAAAUAAUUUAUCAGAGCAUUUAAAUCCUCCUAUACACCACACACGCCUUUAUUUUCUUUACAUAUUCUUUCACAUGGCACAGCUAGAACAGCAUGCCUAGUACCACAAUGACUGUAAUCAUACAAAGCCUUCUUUUGUUCACAUUUGACUUUAUUACAGCAGCACCACCUCAUGGGCACUGUAACAGAGAUUUAUAUUCAAUAAAGCCAGUUUUCAGUGAAA